AUGGCAAAUCCAUAUAAUUCGACUUUCCAGAGAUUCCAAUUCGACUUCAGACCAGAACCGCAGGUGCAGCUUUUUUGAGUCUUUUUUUAACUACAUGAUAACUUUCAGAAAAUGAAAAAUGAGGCAGUUGCGAAAUUUCUUCCUUUCCAGAGUGCGAGAAGCUCUCGGCAGCUUUUCAACUUUGAAAAAAAGACUCCAUUCUUCAAGGUUCUUGCCAUGAUUUAUAGCAAAAGACCUAAAAAUUUCAAAAUGUAGAAUUUAUCUUUCGAAAAAGAAUUAAAAAAAUAAAAGCGGAAUAACUUCUCAAAAUUCAUUCAAUGAAGAUUUCGAACGUUUACUUUCAGAGAAAUUUUUUCUCGACAAAUGAAAGCGCUCCUCGUCGUCUAAUACCUCGCCCAAGGUUCGAAAAGAAGAAAAAGCCCUCAAAAAUCAAAAGAGGUAUUUAUCAAACGCACCUUCUAAGAAGGAAAAGUAGUUGUCCCAAUAAACUUUUUUUUGAAGAAGAACGAGAAGAAUUCUAUGACGGCGUUCAUUACUAUGUUUCGGCGAAUGGAAGCCUGGUGCCCUUCAAGGUGGAUUUGAAAUUCUGGCUUCUCAGAAGUGACGAAUUGCAGUAUUUUUAGAGAGGGACGUUUUUGAUAAGAUAUUCGGACUUGAGCGAGUCAAAUUACGACGACCAUAUUUGGUUGGUGGAGAACCACGUGCUUCUGUUGAAGUAUGCCCUCGUCUCGUCCAGCGGACAUUCUAAAACGUAUAAAAAGACGAAUCGGGUUCGAACUUGUUAAAUAUCUUAUUCUGCUAUUUGAAAAAAGUUCUCUAGUUUUUUUUUCUUCAGUAUGCGGCGUGGGAUCGAGAGAAGCCUUAUCUAUACUGCUCUUUGGAUGAAGGAUCAGUUGGCGCAAAGGAUAUCAGCACUGUGGAGGUAGUUUCAUGGUAAAUGAAGUGGUGCAACGAUUUUUGAAGGUCGUCGAGAUCAGAAACUUUCCAGCCGGCGAAUUCCUUUACAAUGAAGCUCAGGCUUUGAAAGACAACGGCAGACUACACGAUUCUGCCUUCGAUUAG